AGAUGCACUUCAUAAGGAAAGCGUGAAUCGAUGUGGAAACAUGUUUUUGAUAAUUUGAGAUAAUUAAUUAAUUAUACUGGUUUUGAUUAUUGUUCUUGAGAAGCCCGGCAUUUAGAGAAUGUGUUUAACGUUACCUUAUUUGACAGCCAGUUCAAUGCCAACAGGGUUUAUUGUUGAUGAAUGACAUUCACACAGAGCAGUCGACAUUGCCUUGUCCAUGUCAAGACUGUCUGCAAUAUUUCUCACUGGAAUACGUUUGUAAUCCCAAAGUAGGUUGAAGAUGCGAUUUCGGGCUGUCCUGGGAACAGGCAUUGGGACGUUCAGUGUCCUGGUUGGGGGGGGUAAAGGUCUACUGAAGAAUGGACCACAGACGUGCAGGUGGAGAUUACAAGGAAGAAGACAGUACAGCUUUUUGCCAGAUGAUGUCAAAUCCCCACGAGCUGUGGUCAAUCCAGAUAUAUCCAAAAUCCGGAACAUUGGCAUCAUGGCACACAUCGACGCCGGGAAGACCACCACCACAGAGAGAAUGCUGUAUUACUCUGGAUACACCAGGGCCUUGGGAGAUGUUGAUGACGGGGACACCGUGACAGACUUCAUGGUUCAGGAGAGGGAGCGGGGAAUAACCAUACAGUCUGCUGCAGUCACCUUCGACUGGAAAAAGCACAGGAUCAACCUCAUCGAUACCCCAGGUCACGUUGACUUUACUCUGGAAGUGGAGCGAGCCCUGCGUGUGUUGGACGGGGCGGUGGCUGUGUUUGAUGCCUCUGCUGGUGUUGAGGCUCAGACUCUGACAGUGUGGCGGCAGGCUGAGAAACAUCAUGUACCCUGUAUAUGUUUCCUGAACAAGAUGGACAAGCCUGGGGCCAGUUUACACUUUUCCAUUGAGAGCAUAAAGAAGAAACUGAAAGCCAAUCCUGUGCUCCUCCAGAUUCCAAUUGGCAGCGGGAAGAGCUUCACAGGAUUGGUCGACUUGAUUACCAACCAGCAAAUGACGUGGCGGGUGAAAUCCAGAGCAGAGGAUGGCCGUGUCUUUGAGACCAAAUCCCUCAGCCAAUCAGAUGACCCGGAACUUAUUCAGGACGCCUUGGAGGCCAGAGCAGCUCUGAUAGAACAGGUUGCUGAUCUGGAUGAUGAGUUUGCAGAGCUGUUACUUGGAGAUUACGGUGAAAAUUUUGAUGCGGUUCCUCCUGCCAAACUCCAGGAGGCAGUGCGGAGGGUGACUCUGGCACGUAAAGGAGUCCCUGUGCUCUGUGGGAGCUCUCUGAGGAACAAAGGUGUUCAGCCUCUCCUGGACGCCAUCACAGCGUACCUCCCUGCCCCCAACGAGAGGCACCACGACCUAGUGCGUUGGUACCAGGAUGACCUGUGUGCCCUGGCCUUUAAGGUGCUGCAUGACAAGCAGCGAGGUCCUCUGGUGUUUGUGAGGAUCUACUCUGGGACCAUGAAGCCCCAGUCUGCUGUCCUCAACAUAAACAGGAACACCACAGAGAGGAUGAGUCGGCUGCUGCUGCCGUUUGCUGACCAGCAUGUGGAGAUACCUUCCCUGACUGCAGGAAACAUUGCACUCUGUGUGGGCCUCAAGCAGACAGUGACAGGGGACACUAUUGUGUCCUCCAAGGCCUCGGCAGCGGCCGCGGUCCGGCGGGCCCAGAAGGAGAAGGAGGGGGAGGGGAAGAGGGGUGGCGAGCAGGCCAGUCUGGUGCUGGCUGGAGUGGAGGUCCCCAAGCCUGUCUUCUUCUGCUCCAUAGAACCCCCCACUAUGGCUAAACAGGCAGAUCUGGAGAACGCCCUGACCUGCCUCCAGAGAGAAGACCCUAGCCUGAAGGUCAGGGUAGAUUCAGACUCUGGACAGACCAUUCUGUGUGGGAUGGGAGAGCUGCACAUUGAGAUCCUCCAUGAUCGGAUCAGGAGAGAGUACGGCAUCGAGACCCACCUGGGACCUCUACAGGUGGCUUACAGGGAGACCAUCCUCCAAUCAGUGGCUACCACAGACACGCUGGACCGUACGGUUGGGGAGAGGAGACACGUAGUGACGGUGGGCGUGGCGGUCUGCCCCAUCAUGGACUCCUCCUCCUCACUCACUUCCUGUGACAUCACCUACGACGAGGAAGUGGAGGAGCAGCUGUCCUCUGACAUCAGGGAGGCCGUGGAGAACGGAGUAAACAGCUCUUAUCUCCAAGGUCCGCUGCUUGGUUACCCGGUCCAGGGCGUGUCCACUAUGAUCCAGAGUGUGAGCAUGGAGCCGGGGACGUCUCUAGCUAUGUUGUCUGCCUGCGUGUCCCGCUGUAUGCUCAAGGCUCUGAGGCAGGCGGGGGGGCAGGUGCUGGAGCCUGUGAUGUCACUGGAGGUGACGGUGGGGGAGGAGCACCUGAGCUCUGUGCUGGGUGACCUGGCUCAGAGACGAGGGGCCAUCCGGGACAUCCAGAGUCGCCAUGACAACAAGGUGCUGCUGGCCACUGCACCCCUGGCUGAGAUGAUGGGCUACUCCACCGCCCUGCGAACUCUGACCUCUGGCAACGCCACCUUCUCCCUCCAGUUGGACAUCUAUGAGGCCAUGAACCCCCAACACCAGAAUGCCCUGCUCAACAAGAUGGCUGGCCUCGCCUGAUGACAUCAAGCAGGAAUUUUGGGAAAUGUAAGCCAGCAUGAAUGUCCAUGUACAGUGCCUUCAGAAAGUAUUCAUACCCCUUGACUUAUUCCACAUUUUGUUGUGUUACAGCCUGA